GCGCAGCUACUAUGUCCUAUGUAUACUCUGUAUUUGAUUAUUGACGCGAAAUGUCACCGUCAUUGACUUUUGACUUUGACGUUUUAAAUGUUGUUUUGUUGGCUGUUGUUGGUGUUGUGAUAUUAAUUUGCCAGCCUUGGUAUUGAUGGUUGUCGGGGUCACGAUGCACGUAUUCUGUUAACUUUUAGAAUUUGAAAGUAUUUGUGGGGUGUAUGAUGAUCUUAAUUAGAUUAAGUGAUUAAGAGUGCUCUAAUUGCAGUUUAGAAUUUAAUGUAAUCUUACCUUUCAAACCUUUCUGUUCAAUAUAGGAAACCUUUAGAGCACAGAAAGUAUAAAAAUGUCGUUUUUACGCGGCUCAGAAAACUAUGUGUGGUGUACGACAAGUGUCCUGGGCAAGGGUGCCACUGGCGCGGUGUUUCAAGGUGUAAACAAGAACAACGGGGAACCCGUUGCAGUAAAAACAUUUAACCAGUUAAGCCAUAUGCGACCUCAUGAUGUCCAAAUGAGAGAAUUCGAAGUCCUUAAAAAAGUGAAACACGAAAACAUCGUAAAACUUCUAGCAAUUGAAGAGGAACAGGAAGGGCGAGGGAAAGUUAUUGUGAUGGAACUGUGCACUGGUGGCAGCUUGUUCAAUAUACUCGACGACCCUGAGAACACAUACGGCCUUCAAGAACACGAGUUUCUAUUAGUGUUGGAGCACUUGACUGCUGGCAUGAAGCAUUUGCGUGACAAUAACUUGGUACAUAGGGAUUUAAAACCAGGCAAUAUCAUGAAAUACAUCAAUGAGGAUGGGACCACCACUUAUAAGCUCACAGAUUUUGGAGCUGCCAGAGAAUUACAAGAAGAAGAACAAUUUGUGUCUUUGUAUGGUACGGAGGAAUACUUGCAUCCUGACAUGUAUGAACGAGCAGUGCUACGCAAACCUGUAGGCAAGAGCUUUGGAGCCACAGUCGACCUCUGGUCUAUAGGCGUAACAUUGUACCACGUGGCUACAGGUCAGCUGCCCUUCAGGCCAUAUGGGGGCCGGAGAAAUAAGGAAACCAUGUUCUACAUUACCACAAAGAAGGCAUCCGGAGUUAUUGCAGGAACCCAAACCACUGAGAAUGGUCCUAUCGACUGGGCCCGUGACCUGCCAUCGCACUGUCAGCUCAGCGUUGGCCUGCGUAAACUCGUCACACCAUUGUUAGCCGGUCUUUUGGAAGUAGAUCCCCACAGAAUAUGGACGUUUGAAAAAUUCUUCUAUGAAGUUCAAAUAACCACUUCAACUACACCGGUGCAUGUGUUUCAUGUUAACAAGGCAGCAAGUAUAAAGGUGUUCUUGAAGCCGGACGAGAAGUUCGAGCACCUGCAGACAUACAUCUGCGAGCAGACGAGCGUGGUCGCCGAGUCGCAGAUACUGCUCUACAAGGAUCAGUUGAUACACACUGUCAUCGACGACAACACGCUGGGCAAGGAGUACCCGGAGACGACGGCGGAGGAGCCGCUCAUACUGUUCAAUAAGAACAAUAACAACGUGAGCAUGGCGCCGGAGCCCGAGGUGCCCAAGUUCCCGGUGUUCCCCAACAUCGUGUCCGUCGAGAACGACGCCAGCCAGGCCAAGACGGCGUGCAGCGUGGGCCACGUGAUCAAGCGGCGCGUCGAGGCGCUGUGCGCCGCGUCCGUGCUGUGCGGCGCGUGCGUGGCGCGCUGGACGGCGCUGCUGGGCGCGCGCCUCGCCGCCGUCGCCGCGCGCGCCGCCCAGCUCGCGCAGCACGCCUGCCUGGCGCACACGGCGGCGCGCGCGCUGGACCUGGCGCCCGGCGCCGGCGCGGGCUGGGCGGCCGCGGCCGGCCUGCUGGCGGCCGACGCGGGCUCGCUGCGCGCCGCGGCGGCCGCGCUGCUGCAGCGCCACGCGGCGCCCGCGCUGCGCGCCGAGUUCGACGCGGCCGCGCGCCUGGCGCCCUGCCCCAGCGACCUCCGUCUGCACAUCAAGGCCAAGACCCUCGUCGACAGACUGCGCGAGUCGUGGCAGCACCUGGUCCGCGACCGCGCGACGCGCUCGCUCACCUACAACGACGAGCAGUUCCACGUCCUCGAGCGCAUCACCGUCGCCGAGACCGCGCGCCGCGCCCGCGCCUUGUUGCAGCGCGCCGCCCCGCUCGCCCGCGCCCGCGCCGACGCCAUCGCCGACUGGUACAAAGUGGCGCAGACAGUGUACCUGCAGACCCAGAUCCUGGACAAGGACGUGUCCAGCGCAGAGCUGAAGCUGCUGACGCUGGCGGCGCGCAUACAGGACGCAGAGCAUGCGCUGCGAGGCCAGCUCGUAAACUCGCCGAAAGCAGAUACGAGUGGAGACGCUGGAGAAAAAACCAGGGAGAUGGGAGGAGGAAAUGCUCAGAAAAGCAACGGCGCGGGCGGCGUCACAGCGCGCGGCGCCGGCGUCCGCGCCCUGCUCGCCGCGCACGGCGACCUCGCCCACCAGCUCCGCGCCAACUCCGCGCUCCUCACUCGCCUCGCCGACCUGGCGCAGCAGUUGCAGCCCUAGCGGCCGCGCCGGCCUGGCGCAGCAGUUGCAGCCCUAGCGGCCGCGCCGACCUGGCGCAGCAGUUGCAGCCCUAGCGGCCGCGCCGGCCUGGCGCAGCAGUUGCAGCCCUAGCGGCCGCGCCGACCUGGCGCAGCAGUUGCAGCCCUAGCGGCCGCGCCGGCCUGGCGCAGCAGUUGCAGCCCUAGCGGCCGCGCCGGCCUGGCGCAGCAGUUGCAGCCCUAGCGGCCGCGCCGGCCUGGCGCAGCAGUUGCAGCCCUAGCGGCCGCGCCGACCUGGCGCAGCAGUUGCAGCCCUAGCGGCCGCGCCGGCCUGGCGCAGCAGUUGCAGCCCUAGCGGCCGCGCCGGCCUGGCGCAGCAGUUGCAGCCCUAGCGGCCGCGCCGGCCUGGCGCAGCAGUUGCAGCCCUAGCGGCCGCGCCGGCCUGGCGCAGCAGUUGCAGCCCUAGCGGCCGCGCCGGCCUGGCGCAGCAGUUGCAGCCCUAGCGACUACAGGACUCCAACAGAAUGGACGUGGUGCUAUAUUGUAAAAGUUCCAUUUAAGCAAUAAUAAAUCAAUUUAUUUAUAAGUAUAUGUUUAUAAAAUAAGUUCGUGCUCAAUCGUGCAAAUUAAAAUCUAUUAUAUUCAUCGUCAUCUCACCGUAUAUUGAGUGCAGUAUGCGCAUCACAGCGCAACGCCGUCCCUCCGUCGAGCUGUCUGCCUGCAGUAGGUGGAUGCACACAUAUAUCAUUACGCGCGUCUUCCUCUGUAUUAUAGAGGAAGUAUUUUGCCAUGGCGGACAGCUCCGUGCAACCGGAAGGGCGCAUUAAAUGUAUAUAUGUACAUUCCAUGCUUGAUACAAGCAUUAAUUGUUUAGAAGCCGGUUUCAACAUAUGUAGUAACGGCUAUGUCGUGGGACACAAUGUCGCUUAAACCACGUAACUGCUUCGUCUUCUAGUAGUUCUUUUGUUAAUUAUACAAUAAUUAAUAUUAAUGAAGCACUUACCAAAUGGCGAACACAAUACCGGAAAAGCUAGUGUAAGUAUAUUUGUUUCGUUAAUAGUUUGUUCAUACAUUUUGCAACGUUUCAAUAAAUAUUUACACAUUCAGGGCUGAUUUUUCAAUGGUAAGAUAAAACUUAUCUGGGGAAUAAGUAUAAUGCUGUCGCGCCAAAAUGUUUGUAUAAGACAGUGGCAGCAAUAAUUGUAUGCCUCAGAUAACAUUUAUUUGACUAUUGAAAAAUUGCCUUAGACGAACAAAGGUAUUAUUAUUGUAUUAGAAUGAAAUAAUUGGUAAUCUAUUGCAAAUACAAAGAAGUAAACUAAAGUUAAUUAAUUUUGAAGUGUUCUAGUUUGGCCACGAUACGGUAUGUAUACAGUAACUCGGCCGCAUCUUUAAAAUAAAUUCGGUACGUAAACAGGCGAUAGAGCUACCGCCUCAGCUUACUGUCGUUUCUAUAAAUUACGUACCUACAUACAUACAAGUCAAAAUACAAAAAUACCGCUAAAUACGUCAAAUAAAUGUAUUACAUAUUAAAAGUUUCAAGCAAGUCGCUGUAAAUCUCGAGAGCACACACAUCGAGGCGUGCACUGAGCGAGCGACUGCAGACUGCCUAGUGCGAGCUUCUAAGUCGGUCCUUCAGUAUUGCAAACUAUUUGCAUAGCGCGCUCCGCGACAUCGCUGCAGUCCUAGGCUCCAAUAAAGAUAUGUCGUUCUAACUUAUAUAUCUAGUUAAAUGGUGUUACGACCUAUAGCUAGUUUAGCCUACUUAUAGGGCGACACAUCCAUACAGAUGAUAUGGUCACUUUACGCGAUCGAAUCUGUGAUACUCGCACUAGGCAACCUGAUGCUUCUCGACCACUAUUAAGGGGACAUGAAUUCGAACUUCGCAAUAAAAGUAUACACCCUAUAAGUAUAAGUUGUGCG